AUGUUCUCCUCCCCAAACUCAAGCAGCGAUGCCGUAAACAUGCAGGCCAAAAUACGCGGCCUUUGUCAUGGGCAGAAACCCGAAAUCAAGAUCACAAUCAACAACAAGCAAAAAUCAUACACUACGCACGAACAGCUGGAAGGAGUGGUCUCCAUCAUCCCAUCGUGCGACACCAGCUUUGACGACAUCGAUGUCGAAUUUGUCGGUACUUCGAGGACAUAUGUCGAACGCCUUACAACUGCUGCAGCGGUUUCAGGCCGCUCAGAGGCUUUUCACCAAUUCUUGAAGUUGCAACAACCAGGCCUUGAAGAGUUGUAUCCCGAAGGCAACCUCCUGCUAGCCGGCAGAAGAUACGACUUCCCGUUUGUUUUCGUGGUUCCGGAUCAGCUUUUGCCAAAAAUCUGUCAACACAAGAUCAUUAGCAACACCGUCCGGGAGGCUCACCUAAAUUUGCCUCCAAGUCUGGGGCCCUCGUCUGCCAGCGAGAGGGAGGAAAACGAUGCCGAGGACAAAGCCGGUCUCGAUGACAUGUGUCCUGAAAUGGCCAGCAUUCGGUACGGCGUUUUUGCAAAGAUCUCGAAAGACAAGGAACAAGGAGGCGAAGUCGUUCGAACGACGAUCGGAAGCAAGGCUAAGCAGCUGCGAGUGAUUCCCGCCCGCAGUGAAGAGCCGCCGCUUGACGUCGAAGGCAAGGACUCCGAGUACACGAUGCGUAAGGAGCGGUCAAUCAGAAAGGGCGUUCUCAAGGGCRAGCUCGGAACGCUGGUUAUGGAAGCUGUUCAGCCUCCAGCAAUGGUCCUACGCAGCGACUCACCYUCUAAAUCUGUUGCUGUCAUCAGGUUGAGGUUCGACCCGAUCGACGCCAAGGCACUGACGCCACGAUUGGGCAACUUAAGCACCAAGCUCAAAGUAUGCACAUAUUUUGCCAGCACUGCCCGACACACUUUCCCUGACAAAGCAACUGCGCUAUCGGAUCUUGCCCAAGGAAUGCACUCCGAGCAGGUCGAAUUACCGAAGCGAAGUGUUACAAGCACCGAAUGGACCAAGCACGAGCCCGGAAAGCGUCCUACGCUCGAACGCCAGGACUCUGGCCCCUCCAACUCAUCAGUGCAAACGGACUUUGCAAAAAACAUCUUUACCGAGCCCAGCGCAGCGUAUCAAGGUGGGACUUACUGGACUGCGGUGCUUGAAGUUCCAAUUGCACUGCCGGCCAACAAGACAUUUGUCCCUACCUUCCACACAUGUCUCGUUAGCCGCGUCUAUCAGCUGAAGUUCGAGCUGGGCUUGCAGACGGCCGGAAUCGCAGGCACAGUCGAUCUGAGACUCCCCCUUCAGAUCACCUCGUCCAACUCAAACAGCAGAUCCAGCUCGCGCCGGAGUUCCAUCGCACCGCUCGUCGAAGACGAGGUCGGAGAUGAGGUCGCUGCCAUAUACCAGCCUCGCUACACCAGCGUGGCGCCUCCUCCGGAAUACACCCGACUUGCCCAUUCCGCUUAUGAGGCCCCGCCCGGUUAUUCGAGCUUUGCUUCCCGUGCGACGCCCGUCUUCUAG